AUGUUAAUCUUACAUCAUCCUUCAUCAUGGCCGGUUUCAUUCAUAUCUCGGCGCAAGAGCCUUUGUCUUGCUCUCUUGUUGACGGCUUUGUCCAAGUGCCUUCGCUUUCAACACACGCAACCUUCACUAAUGCGCGCACACACAUCCGAAAAAAUUCCUAAAUUCAAAUAUAGCAACAUGGCUUCACAUGAAAUCGCUAGCGGUAACGACCGGAAGUUCAAUUGGGACGAUGACGACGACGACGACUUUGACCUGGAUACGUGGAAAGCCACUGUUGAUACUUCUUCACCAAGUGUCGACGAACUGGGCCCACUUCAACUGUCGCGUUGUGAAGAGAGUAUGGAAACAACUACAUCAUAUACAUCAGCGCGCAACAUCUACGGAGACGCACAUUCGGAGACUCUAGCCUCGCAUGUUGUCAAUAUGGCUGUUGAUCAGUCACCGGAUGUUGACCCAGAGGAUGGAGAUGCAACCGAGGUAGAAGCUUUUGAAGCACCAUCAGAAACCAUAUGCAACAGCUUUCUCAACACUCUCACGGAAGAACAGAUUGCUUGCGCACGUCAUGAGUAUCUCACUCAUGCCAUUGGCAUAUACUACGACGGCAAGGACGAGGCUGAUGUACCGGCAUAUCCCGAACUGAGCCCGUACAAUGGCCAACGGUACCGAUAUGCAAAAGCAUUCCAAAAUGUAAGCCAAUUGACUGGACGACGAAGAGCAGAAGUAUAUCGCCAUUCGCCAUUGGCUCUUGUGACAGGGAUUGAAGAAGCCCAUUUGAUUGGCAACAGAAGAAGGUACGAAAACAUAUAUAGAGAGGAGGCAACAGAGAGCGAGAACAUGGAUUUGUAUGAGUUGCCAGAGUUGCAGGAGUCGCAGCCGGAUUUCAACAUCAUUUACGAAGAGGGGGAACAGCAGAAUACAAAUGAGCAAGCUGCGCCGCGCAGAACACCGGCUCAAGAACACUUCUCUAGAGACGAGCUGAAGGAGUUGAUUGGAAUGUGGAAAGCACAGCAAGAAAGGGAUGGCGCCGACGAAUCUGAGGAGGAAGGCCAAGAAGAGGACUCAAGUUCCAUCGACACAUGGGAGAAGAGCGACGGAGACGAAGAAGAGAUAUUCGAGGCGCCUGAAACCGAGUUCGAUGACGACGAGAACAUGUUCUCCGUCGUUCGACCCCUAGAACCAAGAGUUUCCACCCACAACGAGGAGCUCGACUUCAACGACAUUGUUUUCUGCGCUGAAUCUGAAGACGAAACUGGAAGUCGCGAUGAAGGAUACAUGUCUUCGUCUCCACCGAUAUCACCUGUUAUAGGUACGUGCAUUGAUGGGUGCGAGUGGCAGGCGCAACACGUCGAGGCGGUGGUUCGUCCUAAAAGGGCAGUACGUGUUGACUCUAUGGACGCGCUUGAUACGCUGGCGGCUGUUGAGGAGUAUCGUGUAUGGGGUGAUGACAGUUGCGACGAAAAGGGGGAGGCGAGAGAGAUGGUGGAGAGGAGUCAGGAUGAGACCGAAAUCGACGGUCACAACGACAUUCUACUGGACAUGGUCAACCACAGAGAGCUCGUUACAAAAUCAUUGCUUAACGAGAAAGGAGAGAGCUGCAGCACUUCUGUCAUCGAGGCCACCAUAUGGAAAGAGCUAAGCAAGGACUGCCUCACUGUCACACCUUCAAACCACCCCGAGCAAACAAAACACCACCACCACCACCACCAACAACAACAACAACAACAACAACAACAACAACAACAACAACAACAACAACGACGAACCCUUCCCACCUCCUACAUCAGCAGCUUUCUCACCACGAGCCUCCUAUACAUCACCAUUCUAACUGCCGGAACCGUCAUUAAAAGCUCCAUGAGCGCACCCACCCCUCGUGACACUCGAGCAACCAAGUUGGACUGA